AUGUGCGGGAUCGCGUUGAUUCUGUCGGAAGUUCCCGCUCCAGAGUCAACCCAAGGCGGCGGCGGCGGCUCUCCAGCUUCCAGGGAGGCGGAAGAGGUACCUAAGUCUAUUACUGCCUUACUCGAUCAUCCCUUCGUUUUGUCCUUUUCUUUGUUGCCUCUUCCCACCUGCUUUCCAAGGUUUAUCGCCGACCGAGGCUGUUGUGCGUUGAUGGGCCGAACGGGUUAGCUCGUCGAGGAAUGCUGGCCUUGGGGUCCUUUCUUCCUUCCUCCGGAGCGCUUGUGGGGAUCACGUAAUCCCUUGCUUUUCUUUUCUCCGACAGGGCGCGUGGGAUACAUCUACUUUCACUAAUCCAGUUGUUCCUAGAGAUAGGGAAUCCAAGCAAAAUUUCUUUACUUCUUAUGGAUAACAUAUCCGGCUACUGGAAGUAGACCAUGGUUAUCUAUGACUGUGGCUCUCUAAAUAAACUGAGAGACAGCUAGUGUCUUCCUGUCGAUUCGAGUCUACAGCUUAAAGACCAUAGUAAACCUGAUGGGUAGAAAGAAGGGGGAAAUAUGUUAUUUAUUUGGAAAGAGGACAAGCAUGAUAAAAUAGAUUUGAUCUCCACUGACAAACUGCAGACUUGCCAGGGUCAUGGAAGAAUAUUGCCUGCUCAGAACCUUUACAAAAUUAAAAUAGUCCGCUGGUUUUACCUGUUGGAUGUGGUAUAUAAGCCUGAGAGCGACUGCAAAAAGUGAGAAGCCUGUUGCUGCAGAAUGCAGACUGGCCGAUGUAACGUUUCAAAUAAAACUUUGCCAACUUUAAAAAAGCAAUAUUGCGAAAGAGUAAUUAAUGAUUGAUUAAUAAUGUAAUUUGUCUGAAUGAAAACCAUUAUUGCUUUGACAACUCUACGUUGACCCCAGUGUAAUGCCAAUGCCACCUUUAUGUCAUAAGAUGACUGAGUUUGAUUUUUAGUGGCAACAUUGACGUGAAUUUCGGUGCACCCUUUCAGGCGUUUUGCUUGGAACUCCUUUUUUUUCUUGGUUUUGAAGUCUUCUUAUCUGGAAAUAACAAUAAUUUGAUAAAUUUUAUUGGUUAAGUUGCAUAUUACUCUGUCUGUCUUGUCAUAGAAAACUUAAAAAUAUGCCACACAUGCAAAUAUGCGAUGAUAGCAUACUCUUCACUGCUUUUGUUCACGGAAAUGAUUCGAUUUUUUAUUCAUGCUCUGGGGAUUGCGGCAGUCUGACAACUUGUAUUCAGGUGCAUGGUCCAGAACUAUUGGUAGAUGAUCUCAGAGUAGCUCUUAUUAGUCGUGGUCCUGAUAGCAUAGGGAGCAAGAAGGUUCUUCUUCAGCAAAAACUGGAUAGUGCUGUUGAAGAAAAGCGGAUCUCUCUCUCGAGUAAAGAGUCAAGCAAAUCUGUUGUUUCUGCUAAUGGACUUUUGCCAUCAAUUUGGCCGUGCGAAAUGGAAAUAAAAAGUUCAGAAUCGAAGUUAGAAGUUACGCAGUUGGGCACUGGAAAUGAAACAAAGAAAGUGGACUGCCUGUUCAACGCAGAGAAUAAACGAAACUCUGUGACUGAAGUUAUUUCUCCGCGCGAUGUUUCUGAGGUGGAAAUGAGUCAUACUAUUGGACUUCAGUUUUUGGGAGCUACGUUACACCUUAGAGGAAUCAAUCCCGCUGCUCAACCCUUAGUCGAUGGUUCUGGAAAUAUCCUUGUGUACAAUGGUAUUUCAUUUGCCUCAAAUACUAAUGGGACUUAUCACUCUGAUGCAACUAAUUUGAAUCUUUGUGUAUAUUAUCGUCUGUUAUUUUGAUUCCAUUUUACAUAUUUGCGUUCUGUCUUUGGUAGAAAGUCAAAACAGAGACUACGUGCAUUGAUGCCACAUUUUAUAAGCUGGCAGAAAGUCGUCCCGCAUCCCCGCAUUUAAGCAAUAAAUGAAAACUCAAUUUUUUAGCAAUUCUAUACGAGUUAUGCCCUAGGACAGUUAGUUAUUUCUUCUUAGUGUUGCCUUUGAUCUUGCAUGGAUUGGAAUCAUAAAGACCUCUGGUGGUCAGCUAUUGUAGUUUACCUGGCAGACGUAAUGCCAGAGGGCUAGGUAGAUGGAGAUAUUAUAAAUGAUUAGUUUCCUUUGUCUAAGAACACAUGGUCCAUGCAUGAUAAGUUUGACCCCCUUUUUUCUCAAUGAUUCUGUUCAUCUCCAUAUUUAUGCCUCCUGAUCCCACCCGUAGGUGACUGCAAUGAAACUACUUAAGUGUAGUUUUGGCAGCAAUGGUGUAUACAAGUGCUACACAGCAAAUAUUUUACUGGCGAUACAUUCGUAUACUGUGUCGCGAUUUGGAUUUUUUUCACCACAUUGUGUUGGGCCCAUUCUUUUCAUUUUAUUGAGUAAUUCUAUUAAUAUUUUUUUUCGAGGAAUAGUAGCAGAGAUACCGAUUUGGUUCUCAUUUAUUGGCAUUUCCUAUGGGUUUCUGUUUGCAUAUUUCAUCUUUCUUCUUUUGCUCUUUUUCGAUGUUCUUAGCUGAUAUUUUUGUAUCUAUAGGUGAGAUAUUUGGAGGAAUUCAUGUUGAUAGAGAUAAAAAUGAUGGCGAAACUCUUUUGGAUACACUGGAAAAAUGUGGAGACCACAAAGACCGUUGUGUUGAAGAGGGAAAAUUUUCUGUUCCUGACAUUCUUUCAUCAGUUAAAGGGCCAUGGGCAUUGAUUUACUGGCAGGUACUAUUUGUUCCCUCUUUAUCAUGUAGUUUGAGCUUCUUGCUUAUGAGCAUUUAAUGAUGUUUGAAACCGGUUUUGAUUUUGGUGUGGCCAUAUCUCAUUCCUUCAAUAAUCUUUCCAGGCAAAGUCAAGGACCUUAUGGUUUGGGCGUGAUGCAUUUGGAAGGAGAAGUCUCCUUGUUCACUGGCCAACUGAGAAUGACCCCCAAUUUGUAUUAUCUUCUGUUUCACCAUUCUGGUCUGUCAGAGGAAUCUCUGGUAUGGCAUGAUCUCUUUUCAUGGAUCAAUAGUGGAUAUAAUUUUUUCUGUUCAUCCAUUCCAGUCAGACUGAUUACAUGCGUGCAUUUCUUUUCGAUGGCUCUUAGCCUACUGUCUUUGUAUGGCAAUUGAUGAAUAAUAUGGUGCAUUACAUUAAACAUUAAUGUGAUAAUGCGUCUGUAACAUAAACCAAUGGUGGCGUUUUAUUAGAUGGACAUCAUCAAGGUGUUGACAUUCCGGGCGCUUAUGAUUGGGAGGAGCUUUCUUGUGGUAUAUAUAGCUUAUGCAUGGAAGCUUCGAAAGACAAAUUCUUGGGAAGUAUGCAGAGCCUCAUAUCUAGAAUACGGAAACAUGAAUGGACAAAUGCCUUGCUGAAUAAUCUUGUUAAAUGGGAGAGAAGACCUGUGGAUUCUCAACCCAAAGAGUCUUGUCCACAUGUGCUCGUUGGAGAGGAGCACGCUUUGCCUUCUUGGCCAGAGAUUUGUUUCAGUUCGCAUGAGGAGGUUCCAUUUGUAAACCAAAGCAAAGUUCCUGGAGGUACACGAUGUUUCUUAGUGUAAAAUUCCGAUUCUCACAAUAUCUGUGGUACUGAUCUCUGUUUGGAAUUCAGGAAACUUUCAUCCUGCUCAGAAGCUGCUGAUUUCUCUCAGAGAAUCUGUGACGCGUCGCACCUCUCUGACCAUGUUUAAGGUUUCACUGCUAGAAAGUCAUCUUAUUUGGCCCUAUAAUCAUUUUUCACUCAUUUUCCCAUGUGUUUGCGGUUCUUUCUUCAAAUGAUAAACGCCACGAAUCUUUAAAAUACAUGAGGCAAAAAGUUUCUGAUUUAUCCGUCAAAAUUUAUGAAAUCCGUUAACGUCGCAGCUGGGUCUUCAUCAGUGGGUCUGCUAGAGAAAGCAGUGUGCUAAAAUUCACAUGAUAGUCUUGUGAACUUCAUUGUACUAUGUUAAAUUUGGGUGAUGUUAGGCGCCAUUAAAAAUGUCUGAUCACUCUGGUGAGCAUCUUGAUAUUUGUCUGAAAAAAAAAUUAGGCAUUGAGUUGUGAAAUUGUGGUUGAUGCUCUUGUUGAAGAAAUAUGUUAACAUGUAUUUUGAUAUCCAGCAAAGAUGGUCAUGUGACCAUCGGACAAGUAUUGUAUUGGAGAAUUGGAUUGGUUAGACAAGUAUUUUAUUGGGGGAUUGGACUGGUUGAUUUUGAAAUUUUUCUGGAUGAGGCUGAUUCAGAUGGAGGUAAAAAUGUUGUAUUUUCGAUGUUGUAAAAGCGUACACAUUUAUAUUUUCUAAAAAGCUCGUGUAUGCAGUGAAGCACAACAUCUGUAUAAAUUCAAAGCUGCAGCAGAAUUCCCUCUCUGCCUUAAACCACAUAACCCCACUCGGUCGUCAUAUGAGGACCGUUAAUGCAAUGUUGGGAACCAUUUACUGAGCCUUGGAGAUACGGUCGUGUAAGUUCUUUGAUAUUCAUAGCCUGACGAAUUAUUGGGGUAAAGGAUCACUCUUUCAUCGAGAGAAAUAUUGAUUUAUCUGUUGCUUCAGGCAACACUGUGAGCCAUAUUUUGUGAAAGGAACGGAUCACUGUCGGAUGAUUCACUCAGAAACCAUAUAGGAAAAUAAUAGAAUAGUCAAGCUGGCUAAAGAAUAGUUAGUUGUCUGCUACCGCUCGUCUGGAUGCAGAUAUGUAUACACUCUUUCAGGAAAUCAGAAUUUUGAUUCGUUAUAAGUUUGAAUGUGGUUUGAAAACUCAACAAUUUACGAUUCACUAUCAGAGUUUUGAUAUCUGAUCCACCGCCUUGCCUAAUCAUACAAUCAUUUCCACGCCGAGAAUGCCUUGGGGGGUCUGUAGUUACUUCCUUCUUCUAGUGUUGUUUCAGAUUUUAGUUCAGUGCUUCAAUUUUUUUUUCUUCUACCAUCAACAUAAUGUUAAUAUGUAUUUAUGCUAAGACCUGUAUUUCUUUUUCCUAAUGUAUACAUUUAACGAGCAGUGAUGGAGUGAUAAUAGCAAUAAAUAGUGUCCUUUUGUUUGAGAGUUGAAUCAUUCCUUUUCAUUUCUCUUUAUUAUUUAAGUUGACGUACAGACAAAUCUUUGUCAGACUGCAGAAGAAAAACCUGCACCUUUGGCGCUUUUAUUUUCUGGAGGAUUGGAUUCUAUGAUACUUGCUGCUCUAUCACACCAAUGUCUGGAUCAACAAUGUAAUGUCAACAUUAUGUUGCCUUCUUAUACCAACUUGCACAAUUGUAUUUGUGGCAUUUAAAGAGUUCAUUUCAUAUAAACUAAAAAUUGAGUUUGCCUUGAAUUUUGUUCUCUAAACAUCAAUUAAGUUAUAAAUCUAUGGAAACAUUCAUGGAAAGAUUUUAAUAUUUGCGCAAGUAAAUUGCUUUCAGAUUAUUAUAAAAUUGCCCGUCUGCAUUAUAAAUUAGCUCACUAUGUCAUCAUUUGUUUUGAUAAAUAGCGUCAAUACUCCUUCACAGAUGAAAUUGAUCUUCUAAAUGUAAGUUUCGAUGGACUUGUUGCUCCUGAUAGAAUUUCUGCUAAGGACGGACUGAAGGAACUUCAAAGGAUCGCUCCAUCUAGAAGGUAUUAGUGUAUGAAAAAUUUUACAUUUUCUAAUCACUCAUGAUGUAUUGUGGGGGUCUUAUUGUAUGAAUUUCAUCCAUUUUCAUUGUUGUUGCUACAUACGCGGCUGGCAGUCAUCUUGAUCUAUUUGUCAUGCUGGCUAAUAUUCCUGGGUUUAGUUAUUUUCGUUGUCAUAAAAAUAGGUGUAACUAUUAUUUUGAAGAUCGGUCCGUAUUCAGUUUGAUCAAAGUUCCCACUCCCAGAUCAGAUGGUCUCAUGAAUCUAUUGCUUUUUAAGGGUGACCUCAACUUCUUCUUGAAUUUAGAGAGGAAGACUUAACAAAAAAGGUAAUUGGGGAGAAUUAAUGGAAGGUUUAAGGGACAUAAAUAUGUUUUUUGCAUCAUUUAAUUUUAAUUUUUGAAAGGAAAAACUUGUUUUGUUUCAUCUUUUUGAGAAACUUGAGAUAAUAUAUUUCUUAUUGGGCCCCGUUUGUGGAUUGAGCCUUUUAGUUUGGUUUAGAUUUGGAUCCUCCCCCUAACUAAAAUCAGUGCUAGUAUACCCUUUUGACGAUGGAAUGCCUUUGAUUAACUGUUUUAAAGUGAUGACAUAAACAUAUAAGUUUGAAUGUGGUUUGAAAACUCAACAAUUUAUAGGAUAAACUCCAUUGGAGGAGACUAUAGGAUAAAGUCAAUUCAACGACUUUACACUGAAUUGGAUCAUAGAGAUGUAAGUCCACGUUGGGAUUUUAUCUGGUCUUUACCAUUUGGCUCUAUGUCCGAAUGGGGUCUUAUCAGUUCUUCUGACCACUGGGCUUCAGGCUCACGUAAGGUUGUAUUGAAUUUUUUGGACCCUCAGAAGGUUUAAUGGAUAUUUUCUGCCUUCAUUGAACACACCUGAUCUUGGGGUUCUUUGAAACCUCUUACGUGCUCCUUUCUUUCUGCCUUUUAUCGCAUGAUUAGAACCUGAACUCGGACAUGUUUUUAGCUAGUCUGCCUCUUUAACCUAUGAUUAUUUUUUGCCAGCAGAUGGCGACUUGUAGAAAUUGAUGGUGAUUUAUCAAAUUUGGCGUCAGAAACCAGGCACGUAAUGUCACUCAUACAUCCAGCAAAAACCUACAUGGUAUUCAAUGUUGUCUAUUUCUUCCCCGUAUAGCUGGAAAAAUAUUUCUCUUGGAGAUUCUCUUGGCGUGUUUGGCAUCGCAGAUUCCUGCGAGAAUUGGGUGUUGUACAUCACAAUGUUCCUUUUUCUUUUUCGGUGUGGGGUUGAGUGGGUUCAACUUUAAGGUGGAAGCUCCUUUCCUCCGCUGAAAGUGAAGAAAGAAAUUUAGGCAGAGAUGGAUUAGCGGCUAAAGGUCUGCCUCGGUAUUGACAACCUUUAUUUUUUCUGUAGAGGAAGAAUCAGGGAAAAAUAAUAGAAAAGAGACAGCUAAUAACUUUGGGAUUGGAAGCUUGAAUUAAAAGAUUCUUAUUUCAACAAGUUUUUUUCCUUUUUCUUAUUUUUAUGAAGUACAGAUGCACCUACCCCUGAUAACUAGUAAAGAAGUAACUUCUUACUCUUGUCUAAGAUAUCUGAGCGUGGACCAAACCUGGCUGAUCCAGGACCCAAUCCCGGUUUAAAUUCCAGAGGGCAUGGGAUAUUAAAUGAUGGAGUAUCCAUGCAUAAUUACAUGGAGGAGAAAUUUCUACAUAAAAUAAUCUCAGAUAAGCUUGUGCAUGAACAGCUACAUAUCAAAAGAAUUCAGUUCAUUGAAAUUCCAAAAACCGCAGUUUAAAUGUGAUGUGAACAGAUGGCCACUAUCCUCGUAAGCUUGAAUGUUUCUACCCCCAUAAUCCUCUGCCAUAGCCCUGCCAAUCUUUCUGAGCUCUUCUCUGGAGCGAAUUUCUAAAGAUGGAGGCGGGUAAUAUUCCAAAAUCCUAUUGUUUAUGCAGAGAGGGUGCUGCCAUUGCUUGCUAUUUAUUUGGAUUUAAAAAUGCCUUUCCUGGUGGCUCCUUUUUUCUUUCUUCGUUCGUAAGCUCUCAGUUGCAUUAUAUAGUGUUAUUUUCACGUUAAAUAAGAGUGCAUAACAUUGUAGUGGUCUGUACAUCCUAGUUCUCUGUUGACCUGAACUUUCAUUAUGUCGACACCAGUUGUACAAAAGAUCAAGCAUAUGCGGGCAGAGAACCCAGUAAAACCCAGUGACCGUUGUAGCUUUCUGUCAUCAUUCUCACAUCCACGAUUUAGUUUACCCUAAAGUUUGAUGAUGGCAUGCUUGCUAUGCAUGAAAAAUUCUCAAUUGCCAAUCAAUGGGAGACUAUGUACUCACGAAUUUCGUGAUUCCAACUUGACUACAGAGAGCUCAUGUAGCUGUCUUCUCUCAGGAUCUGAACAUUGGAGUUGCAUUAUGGCUGGCAGCCCGAGGAGAAGGGUUUGUGGACGGGGCGCUUUGCAAUCCUCCUGGAGAUUCCUGUCGUUAUGAGUACAAGUCAACUGCUAGGAUCCUUCUUGUUGGUGCUGGCGCUGACGAGCAAUGCGCUGGAUAUGGUCGGCACAGGACCAAGUACAGGCUUGGGGGGUAUGAAAUUUUUAUUCUUUUUUUCCUCUCUGAAGUUUCUCUGCCUGGAGAGCAAUCAAUGUGAUGAUAUGUAUGCAGUUGUAAAAUAAUGAAGUGCUUCAGAUCUCAUUGAACAUAAUUGAUGUCUUUCUCGAAUGAUCAAAGUCUACAAUCCAUAUACAAACAAACCCAGAAUGUGAUGCUUUGAGAGCUGGUAUCCAACUGGUCUCUGUCUUUGUUCGUGCUCCAUUUUCAGUAGAGGUUUCUUUGGAUUAAAUAAAACCACCACCUCUGAAACCAAAGUUCUGCUGUCUGAGACAAUUAGUCUCAUUCUUUUGGAUUAAUCCUGCGUUCUAGUUAUUCUCUUCAGAUGAACCUGAUCCGGUUGUUCUAAUGCUAUUGCCGCUUCCCAUGUUAGAAACAUUACCAAAUAAUUAUACCCUCUGAUGAACUAUUUCUCUUCUUUGAUUCUUUCCAUCCAUGUAAACCUAAACUGGGUCAAUUCCGAAUUGGAUGAUAUUCACGCCAGUCUGAGACCAGAUUCAGUAUUGCCAAUGGUGACCUGAUUGCAGCCUGAUGAAUCAUAGAUCAUCUGUGGGAUCUAUCUCUCGUUGCUCCCUUCCUCUGAUGCAAUGAUCAUUUAAAGUAAUAUAUUUUCUUCUCUCUACUUUGAAAGAUCAACCGAUGGACGACACAGAGGUGAGAUCUUUCAUAAAUUUGACCUGCUACUUUCUGGAUUUUUUCUGCCUUCAAUUUGGUUAGUAUGAAUACCAGAGUAUUCUUGCAUGCCUCGCCGCCUGAUCCCUGUUUUGCUCAGCUGGGCUGCCCUGGAAGAGGAGAUGAGGCUGGACAUGCAGAGAAUUUGGAUAAGAAACAUGGGGAGGGACGACCGCUGCAUCUCCGAUCAUGGGAAGGAGGUAACGCCCGCCUCGAAGAUUUCUAUUUCUUGACCUGCCGCCCGCCGUCCUGAUUCCCGAAAUGGGUAUGAACAUCCAGGCCAGAUUCCCAUUUCUGGACGAGGAUGUCGUCGAGACCUUGCUGGAGAUCCCUCUGCGGGAGAUUGCAGAGCUCGAUCAACCUGCUGGGAGAGGUGAUAAGAAGAUCCUCAGAGAAGUAAGUAAUGGCAGAAUGCUUGGCCGAUUUUCCCAGACUGGAGUAUUGUGCGUGACGAUCCUUCUCUCUCUUGCAGGUGGCGAGGCUGCUGGGUCUGGAAGCAGCCUCCGUCUUGCCCAAGAGGGCCAUCCAGGUGAAAACUCUACAAGAGCAGAGCAGAGGAGAGCAGGGAGCCCCUUCUCUCACUAGACCCAGCUUCCAAAGAUCCUUUCUUUUUCUCUUCUCUAUCAACGAAAUGCCUCCGUAACUGAGUUUCUUUCUAUACUUGGAAAGUAGGCCCAUUCCUGCUGAGCUCACCAUCAUGGGUUGGCACUUGUCUGCAGUUUGGGUCGAGGAUUGCGAGGGAGUCGAACAGGAUGCACUUUGGGAGCAACCGGGCAGCGAACCAGGCAUCUGCCGGCGGCGCCGCCGUCAGCCGGCGACAGUAA